ACUGGGGUGACUCAAAACUCCCGUGAAAGCCUUAAAUGUGUGCAUGGGUGAGGAAAUGUAACAUGGCCUUCCCCUCCAGGCCGAGUCAGCUCAUGGCCGGGAAGUGACCCACGUUAAAGCCACAGGGAGGAUGAAGUAUGCCGAUUUGACCAACAGUCCUACCAGGUGUGUCCGAGGCCGAGGCAGCAUGAUGGGCGGCGUGCUGCGGGGCCUUCUGCUGCUCCUCACGCCCACCCUGCUCGUGCACGCCAACACGCCCUUGGUCAUCAACACGUGGAACUUCACCAACGCCACGGCCAAGGCGUGGGAGGUGCUGACCCAGGGCGGAGGAUCAGUGGUGGAUGCUGUGGUGCACGGCUGUACGGUGUGUGAGGAGCUGCAGUGUGAUGGCACGGUCGGGUUCGGUGGCAGCCCGGACGAAAACGGCGAGACCACCCUUGAUGCAAUGAUCAUGGAUGGCACCACACAUGAUGUAGGUGCAGUGGCUGACCUCCGCAGGGUGAAGGGUGCCAUCGCUGUAGCCCGCAGCGUAAUGGAGCACACUACACACACGCUGCUGGUGGGCGAGCAGGCUGCACAGUUCGCCUUCACAAUGGGCUUCCAAGAGGAGAACCUCACUACCCCAACCUCGGCCCACAUGCACCAGGAGUGGCUGGAUAACAACUGCCAACCGAAUUUUUGGGUGGAUGUGACACCAGACCCAACCACCUCCUGCGGGCCAUACAAGCCUAUUAACCCCAAGGCUAGCAAGGCAGCGAUAGCCAAGGAGGGGAAGAACUUCAAUCGCUUCAGCCAUGACACUAUUGGAAUGAUUGCUAUUGAUGCCAAGGGCCAUAUUGCAGGAGGAACCUCAACCAACGGCGCCCGCAACAAGAUCCCCGGCAGGGUUGGGGACUCGCCUAUUCCUGGCAGCGGGGCUUACGUGGACAAGUUUGUGGGCGGGGCGGCUGCCACAGGAGAUGGGGACGUGAUGAUGAGGUUCCUCCCUGCGUUGGUGGCCGUGGAAGGCAUGCGUGCCGGCCUCAGUCCCAGUAAGGCUGCAGAGGUAGCCAUACUCAGAGUGGCUCAGUAUUACUCGGAGUUCAUGGGAGCAGUGGUGGCCGUCAACAUUGCCGGGGAGUACGGAGCAGCCUGCCACGGCAUUGAAACCUUCCCUUUCUCAGUUGCCGAUUCAGUAACGAAUACCGUAGAAAUUAAAAAUGUAACCUGCAUUGUAUAGUGGUUAGCAGGCACAAAAAUAAAGUAAUAAAUACAAUGGAAACUAAGUCACUAAAGAGGAAUUAAUGAUACAUGAUGAUUGUGAAACUUCUUUAUGACUUAAUAAACAUUCCAUACCUUU